CCGGGUGAGCGCGCGUUUCCACCCGGGAGUGGAGGCAGGGCCACAGCUGCGGCAGGCCGGCGUCUUCGCCCUGAGCUUCAGGCUCGCUGAGACGCUUCCCCGCGCGAAAACAUGAGUGACUCCGCGGGAGAGCGCGCCCGGCUCCGGUGCUACCCGGAGCUCCCCGUUUGGGUGGUGGAGGAUCAUCAGGAGGUUCUGCCUUUUAUAUACCGGGCCAUUGGCUCAAAGCAUCUUCCUGCAAGUAACAUAAGUUUUGUGCAUUUUGAUUCCCAUCCAGACCUCCUUAUUCCUGUGAAUAUGCCAGCUGACACUGUAUUUGAUAAGGAAACGCUUUUUGGAGAAUUAAGUAUUGAAAAUUGGAUUAUGCCUGCAGUUUAUGCUGGCCAUUUUUCUCACGUAAUAUGGCUUCAUCCCACAUGGGCUGAACAAAUCAGAGAGGGCAAACAUCACUUUUUGGUCGGCAAAGACACUUCUACAACAACAAUCAGGGUUACAAGUACAGAUCAUUACUUCCUAAGCGAUGGUCUUUAUGUAACUGAAGACCAGCUAGAGAACCCAAAACCUUUACAAUUGGAUGUGAUUAUGGUAAAACCUUAUAAACUCUGUAACAAUCAAGAAGAAAAAAAUACAGUGUCCUCUGCUAAGAAGCCAAAGCUAGCACUGGAGGAUGGAGAAAACCCUGCCUCUACUAAUGGUAAAUCUUAUUCAGAAGGACUGGAAAAGGACAUGGUGACCCAGAAAAGGGACCAGACCUGUCUACAACCAUCAUGUUCAUGUUCUGAAAGCCAGGAAUGCCAGACUACAGUGAGCACUGGAGAAAUUCUGAAAAUUUUGGAGAACAGGGAUGCAUUUGUUUUAGAUAUUGACUUAGAUUUUUUUUCAGUCAAAAACCCCUUCAAAGAAAUGUUCACUCAGGAAGAGUACAAAAUAUUGCAAGAGCUGUACCAAUUUAAAAAGCCUGGUACCAACCUGACAGAGGAAGAUCUGGUAGAUUGUGUUGAUACUCGAAUUCAUCAAUUAGAAGAUUUAGAAGCUGCUUUUGCUGAUUUGUGUGAUGGUGAUGAUGAAGAGACUGUACAGAAAUGGGCUUCAAAUCCUGGAAUGGAAUCAUUAGUUCCACUUGUACAGAGUUUGAAAAAACGGAUGGAAGCACCAGACUAUGAAAUGGUUCACCAGGCUGGUCUAACCUGUGAUUAUUCAGAACUUCCUCACCAUAUCAGCACAGAAAAAGAAAUUGAAUAUCUUAUUCAGUCUGUAUAUUAUGUUCUAAAAAAUUUACCAAAACCUACUCUUGUGACAAUUGCAAGGCCACCAGGGCACUCCAGAAGCAGGAGUCCAUUUCAGAGGCUGAGGCAAGCCUGAGGCUGUACCGUUUCACUUCUUUUGAAGACCUUCCUUGUCGAAUACUCAGCCCGCCUCCAGCUACAGCAUUCCUGCCAUGUCUGUAACAUCAAAACGGCCUUCAGCAGCAAGCAGGUCUCUGAAGCUGAUCCAUCAGCCACCAGCACUGUUUAGAAGCCUUAGCGCCAAAGCUGAUACAGAUUAAUCCAAGAUCAAGACAAGAAGUGUCGACUGAAACAGCAAAGCUUCAUGGAAAGAGUAUGAAGGCUCCAGCUGGCUCCAGUGACUCCUUCUUCAUGUUCCGGUUGUGUGACCGCAGCCUCAGCUGCCCCUUUGCAAUGAAAGACUUAAUGCAUCAGGAUAUUGUGGAGAGUAACACCUGUAAAGCCCUUACCCCAACACCAUUCGGUAAAUAUUGGCUGUCACCUCCAAACUCAGGCCUACUUAGAGUACCCUUUGGUAUCUGUUCCAAGCUUCGACUGCUCUGCUCAGGCUUCCCCUAAACUGAUCUUUUUAAUCCCCCACAUUAGCUUCCACUGUAUUUCUGUGAGUAGUGGGAUUUCACUUUCCUUGUUCAAUGUUGGCAAGUCUUUGCCAUGAGGAAAGAAGUAGCAGGGGCUUUAAGCAGAGAUACUUGUAUUCUUGUCUUGGACUUGGUCUGAGCAUCCGUUUAUUCACAAUUUUAAAACUUGUGUGUGUUGGGGGGUGGUCAGGGAAGUUAAAUCCUGCCAAAGCUUUCGUUCCUCUGCUCUCCCCUCCUGCCUGCUGGUAGAUAAAUCUAGAAUUUAUGGUGCUGAACCUUAGAUGGAGACAGUGUUUGGAAGUUUCUAUCCUGGACUUAUUAUAAAUUACCUUCUAGGGUUGUCCUUGCUAUUGCUGAUAUUGCUAAUGUAUAUAUAGGUGACCUCCUGCAAGAUACUCCUGAAUCAGCCAGAGCAUGACACGGGGGUGGGGCAGAGUGAGUAUCUCCAGCCAGGUCACUCUCAUUUCCAGCCCCCUCAUAAGCAUUCCCUUCAUCCAGGCCUUACUUAGCCUUCCCACAGAGCAGUCUCUGCUGGUGGUGGGUGAGGAGAGGAAUCAUUAGAGAAGGGGGAGCACCUCUGUCAGCUUGACCCAGUAAGGUUCUGAAGCAGCCCAUCAGACAUGACCCUGAUGGCUCAGGGAGCAAGGGAUGGGGCUGAAGUCAGAGUUGGGGCUGAAGUCAGAGUUGGAGCUGGUCUUGGAGGCCAGCAUUUUGGGUAGAAACUACCCUGAGAACUGCAUAGCAGCACUCCCCCCCCCCCCCGGAGUAGGCACAGUAAUGAAUGGCACCAGCAUCACAGAGUGGCACCUGAGGUGGUGGUAUGAAAUCCAUCCAAGUUCAAACUCUGCCUCUGCCAGCUACAAGUUAUGUGAACACGGGCAACAUACCCUGUCAGAGCUCUUGUUUUAGACGUUGUUUGAGGCCUCUGUGUUCCUAGAAGACUCCAUACUGUGCUCAAGCAUGGCACAUUAACUGUUUACAUCUGCCCUCCCUCGGAGGCUGAGCCCCUUGACUGCAUCAUUGUAUACCUUUGUAGCCCCAGUCUCUGGUAGAGUCAUCAUAAGGCCUCAAAAAAAUGUUUAGUGAAUUGAGUACAAAAAACACCAGUGGUCACUGGAGUCUUGACAGUAAUAAACCUUAUUACGUGCCCUAUAUUAUACACCUUCUCACAAGCACGCUGUCUUUGAGAACAAAUUUAGCAAAUACACGUAUUAACAUAGGAACAAACAUCUACCAAGGAUUGGAUGUACUAACUACAGGAGCCCAAAAGAGCUAGAAGAUAAUACCUGUAAUCUAAUGAUUAUGUCUAUAGAAUAACUUUGUUGUAAAAAAAAGAAAGGCAAUUGUGUCACUUUUACAGCUUUGUGUGAUCUGUUCUCUCUUGUCCCGUGUCUGUGUGCCACAAUGCUUAUGACAUAAAAAUCCAUAUAGUUUUAUUUUCUGCCUAAUAUUGAAAUCUAGCAUUUAACAGUACCAUCCAAAACUGUGGAUGUGACGGAGUUCCCAUCAUGGCACAUUGGAAACGAAUCUGACUGGGAA